AUGGCUACAUCAGUCUCCAAUUCAGCAAUGAUUGAAAUAUGCCUGACUGCCAACAUCAUUCCCCUCCCACCCACCCCCCCUUACACUGGAUUACAGAAAACAGCCAAUCAUGUUGGAGAAAAAAUUGUCACCAUGAACAAGGCAAGCAUGGAGAGUCUGAGAGAGAAAAUGGUUGCAGAUAAUACGAGUUGUGGACUUGAGAAGCCUGACCUCAUCAAUGCUGAGAUGGAUGGGAGGUACAACAAUCCACUAUUUAGUGGAGACCGGACACCCUAUCAAGGAGCCAUCCAGGUCACCAUGACCCUGUGCGAACAACUGACAUCGGAUAAGAAAAUCCCAAGUGUGUUCACAGGCAACACACUUUGUAAGCGUGCUGAGUACCUGAGAAUGUGUGGGGUAGAGGCCACCUGUCCUAACCACACAGGAAUCUGCACAUCUAAUGUGGCUGAGGAUGCUGCCAUGGGGAAUGAGGAAGCCUGGGCCACCAUUGUUGGAGAGGAGAUUGCUGACACCCUUAAAGUAAACUACCUUACCACAGACGGAGAUAGCAAAACCCACUCUGGUAUGAAGAAGUCUCAUCCAGCAUGCACAAACUUGAAAGACCCUCGACACCUAGUGAAAUCAGUGAAGAGAGAAUUUUCAAAGAGCACAUUCAGUGCAGACCUGUUUCACAAAUUCCAAGGCCUACCUUAUGGAAUGCUGAAGUCAAGACUGGCCACUGAUGUAAGAAACAGGUGUGUUACAGAGCUGGAAAGGCAUAUAUUAUUCAUCGAGGAAACAUAG